GGUAGAUACAUACUAGCGGAAAAAUUUAUUUUAUUGUUUUAAAAAUAAUUUUUAAGAAUUAUUUUUUUUUUCUAUUUACCACACAUACAAAAUUUAUAACAAUUUAUUAUUUUUUGAUAUUGAAUUUUUAUUAGAAAAUUUAAAUUUAAAAAAAAUUAAUAUUAAUAAAUAAUAUUAAAAAUUAUAUAAAACAAUUAUUAAAUUAAGUAAAAAGAAAUUUUAAAAUUAAAAUAAUUUAAAAAAAAAAAUUCAAAUAAUGUCAAACAAGUGGGAAAAUAACGAAGAAAUUCAAUUCUUCCGUGAAUAUUUAAGAAUACCGAGUGUUCAUCCAGAUGUUGAUUAUGAUCCGUGUUUAAAAUUUAUUAAAAGUCAAGCAGAUAAUUUAAAUUUACCAAUGAAGAUAUAUUAUCCAGCUCAUCCAAAGAAACCGAUUGCAAUUAUAACAUGGACUGGUAUUAAACCAGAAUUACCAUCAAUAAUAUUAAAUUCUCAUAUGGAUGUUGUACCGGUUUUUGAAGAAAAUUGGACUCAUCCACCAUUCAGUGCUGAUAUAGAUAGUGAAGGAAGAAUAUUUGCUCGUGGAUCACAAGAUAUGAAAUGUGUAGGAAUGCAAUAUUUGGCAGCUAUAAGAGCAUUAAAAAAAGAAGGACACAAAUUUAAAAGAACAAUUCAUAUUGUUUUUGUACCUGAUGAAGAAAUUGGAGGAAAAUUGGGAAUGUGCAAGUUUGUACACAAAGAUGAAUUUAAAGCUUUAAAUGCUGGUUUUUCAUUCGAUGAAGGUGUUGCUGGCCCAGAUGAAAUUUAUCCAGUAUUUUAUGCCGAACGUAGUAUAUGGCAUGUUUUCUUCAAAAUAUCUGGUACAACCGGUCAUGGAUCCCUUUUACAUAAAAAUACUGCUGGUGAAAAAUUAAAUUAUAUUAUGCAAAAAAUGUUUGCCUUACGUGAUCAUGAAGUAAAACGUUUAGAAAAUAAUCCAGAAUUAACAAUUGGUGAUGUUACAACAAUUAAUUUGACACAAUUAAAAGGUGGUGUACAAAGUAAUGUAGUACCACCAUUAUUUGUUGCUUGUUUUGAUGUUCGUAUUGCAAUUGAUGUUGAUCAUAUUAAAUUUGAAAAUCAAUUGAAACAAUGGUGCGAAGAAGCUGGUGGCGGUAUUGAAUUAGAAUAUGAACAAAAAGAAGUUCGUGUUGAACCAACUAAAAUAGAUUCAUCGAAUAAAUUUUGGGUUGCUUUUAAAAAAACUGUUGAUGAACUUGGAUUAAAAACAAGACCGCAAGUUUUUCCUGGAGGCACUGACAGUCGUUAUAUUCGAGAGGUUGGAAUACCAGCUAUUGGAUUUUCUCCAAUGAAUAACACACCAAUUUUAUUACAUGAUCAUGAUGAAUUUUUAAAAGCUGAUACUUAUCUUAACGGUAUUGAAAUUUAUAAAAAACUCAUUCCAGCUGUUGCCAAUCUUGAGUGAUAUUUUUAAAAUCGAAAACAUUUUAUAUAAUUACAUAUAAAUAGAAAAAAAUAAUUUAGAAAAUUUACAAUUAAAUUACCUUGUUAAAUUUGAAAAUCAAAUAUUUUGUUACCAAAUAAUAUAUGUAUACAAUUUAAAAACACAAUUAUAUUACAAAGUUAUUAAAAAUUUAUGAAAAUAAUAAAAAUGUACAAUAUUGUUAUAAAUUUUUACGUAAGCUGAAUUUAGCUCGUGAUGGGUUGUGACCUGUACUAAAUAUAAUAGUUUUUUUUUAGUAAUUUGUUAACUAUAAAAUUAUGUAAAUAAUUUAAGAAUAAAAGAAUGAAAAAUUUGUAAACUUAGAUCAAAUAUUCCGAAUUUAUUAAAUAUAAAUAAAUAUAUUAAAAAUGUAA